AGAGAUUACUGACAUAAUUCGAGAGUUGCUAGUCAAAACGAUUGAGUGCUGUCCUACAGACCUACCCGUUCUUCUCUAUCUGCUGUGUGGUAAAAUUGGUCCAGCUUAUGAGGCUACCGAAUUGGGGAUUGGAGAGAAAAACAUUGUGGACGCGCUGGUCAAAAGUCUGGGCUGCUCCGCCAGCUCUUUGAAUCAGAAGGGUGAGGGUGCAGAUGGAGAUCUGGGCACAGCCGCCCAAAGGGCGAAGGCGAGCCAGCGGACACUCAAUUUCGGAGCGAAUCCCCCUCCCCUGACUUGCCAGCAUGUUCUGCAAAGCUUCCGGGAUAUCGCCAUGUGUUCUGGUGGAAGGUCGAUGAACCAGAAAAUUUCAAUAAUACGUAAGCUGCUCAUGCGUUGCGGAAAGGAGGGAGAUGAGGUCAAGUUUUUAGUUAGGGGCCUACAAACAAAGCUUCGUUGCCGCCUAGCCGAACCGACAGUGCUUACUGCACUUGCACAGUCUUUUGUUGAAUCUCCAAGAGAAG